GGUUCAUUUUUGUUAAUCGUGCAGCCGUCUGCAACAACUACAAAGAAACUCCGUUUAUCUGGAUAUCUGAUAGUAUCCAUCAAGAAAAAUAAUGGUGAAUCUGCGACAACUAACAAAGGAACUCUAUUUAUUUAAAACUUCAAAUUCUUCUUCUUCUUCUUCGCUAUUAAAUUUUUUAUCUUCAGCAGUCAAUGGUUGUCCUUGGUCUUUCACUCAAUCCCGCGGCGCUAGAGUCACUGCCAUUCACUUAAGACCUGGCAAUGUGAUUGAAACUAAAGGAAAAGUUUACCAGGUGGUGGAUGUGGAGCACAAGCAGCGAGGAAGAGGAGGAGCAUCUAUGCAGGUGGAGCUUCGCAACAUAGACAAUGGAAACAAACAAAGCUUACGUUUUAAUACUGAGGAGGCUAUUGAAAGGGUGUUUGUCGAAGAAAGGUCAUUUACAUUUCUGUAUGAAGAACAGGGAAAAGUAUUUCUAAUGGACCCUGAAAAAUUUGAGCAACUUGAAGUGCCGGCAGAGUUGUUUGGCAAGGCUGCCCCAUAUCUAAAAGAUGAAAUGCGAGUUAAAUUGCAGUUAUAUGAUGAAAAGCCUUUGUCUGGAUCAAUUCCAAAACAAGUGACAUGCACUAUAAAGGAGACACAAGCACCUAUGAAAGGGCUUACAGCUACACCAAGGUAUAAAAAGGCUCUAUUGGACAAUAAUCUCACUAUUCAAGUACCAGCAUAUCUAGAUGUUGGUGAAGCAAUCAUUGUUGAUACAAAUGAGGACUCCUAUAUUACCAGGGCCAACAAAUAAAUGUACCAACUUCAUUUAUAGUGUAAAAGAGUAGAAGUUACAAAGUUUUGUUAUGGAAUUGGAAUGAUGGUUGCGAGACAGGGUUCAAGUUCGGGAAUUCUUGAGGUUGUGGCUUAUGUUCUUAAGAAAUCUUUAACUAUCGAUCCUGCAAGGAAUAAUCGUUCUUGAUUACAGCUACUGUUUUGAGAUUUUGGUUAUCGAUUACAGAAACUGUUUCGAAAUUGUGAUUGCAUAAACUGCAUUUUAUUAGCUUUCUGUUGCUCUAAAUCUGAGCAUGUGACGUUGAUAUUUGAAUCCGAAUUGAACUUAAAAAGCUUAAAGACUAAAA